GUUGCUGAUGAGGCGGUUACCUCACCUUGCAAACGAAUACUAGCCACGCCUCCCACACUCUUUCUAACUGGCAAUGUAAGCAGUUAUUCGAUUCUUCUCGUGCUAUGCCCAAGAUGCCGAACGAAGAAGCCAGCACAAUCACUGGGUCAGAUACAUACAGCACGGAUGAGCGGACCCUCUACGACCACGCCGACGAUGACGGCUACAGCCACGGCAGACCCUCCACGGAGCUCUCAGAGCCCGGACACGAUAUACUAGAGUCGGAAGAUGAAAGGGAAAGGUUACUGACGAAGAAUGAGGGGAUAGCAGGCAUAUUCAGUAAGAAAGGUGUCAAGAUUGGGAAAAGGGAGCCAACGAAGCCUGACGGCGACUCCAAUCAACGUGGCAAGAAAGGCCGCAAUGGCGAAGCGAGUGCGCUCAUGUAUGAAAUGGAAGAAGGUGUUGGGGUGUCAGAUCAAAGCCUGUCGAGAGGCUCGUCGGAAUCCGAUGAGCAGAGGUUGUCAGCAACAAUAGUACAGAGAAAGGCACGCCGAACACGUAUAUGGCGCAGGAUCAUCAUAUAUGUCUGCAUUAUGGUGCUCUUCCUAGUCCUCUUUUUCGUUGCGUACCGAGUCUCCAAACCCUCCCACCCCACGGCUGCGGCGCUGAUGUUAUCCAAUGGAACUUCUCUCUUCGCCCCUACGACUAUCCUAAUAUCUCUCGAUGGCUUCCGCGCCGACUUCCUUUACCGUGGUCUCACACCCACUCUGAAUCGGUUCAUCCAGAACGGAAUAUCACCCAAGUAUAUGUUGCCCAGCUUUCCGAGCGUUACCUUCCCGAAUCAUUACACCAUGGCCACCGGUUUAUAUCCCGAGGCUCAUGGGAUAGUCGGGAACACAUUUUGGGAUCCGUCUCUUAAUAAAGAGUUUUAUUAUACGGAGCCAGAGAAGAGCUUGCAGCCCUUCUGGUGGGGAGGUGAACCUCUUUGGGUAACUGCAGAGAGGCAGAACGUCCGAGCUGCGGUACAUAUGUGGCCUGGAUCUGAAGCACAUAUCAGCCACAUAGAGCCUGCAUACGUGGACAAGUAUAACGGCUCAGAGGUAUUGCCUUUGAAAGUCGAUCGUAUCCUAGGUCUCCUCGACCUGCCCGGACCAUUAGAUACGCCCACUAGACUAGACCAACCACGACCUCAGUUAAUUGCCGCUUACGUACCCAAUGUCGAUGGAGAUGGGCACAAAUAUGGCCCAAAUAGCACUGAAAUACGACAAACCAUCAGAAACGCCGACGCUAUGCUUGAAUCUAUCCUCCAUGGCCUUCAAGAGCGCAAUUUAACUGAGAUUGUCAACGUAGUCGUCGUAUCAGACCAUGGCAUGGCCACGACGGAUGUUUCAAGGCUCAUUCAACUGGAAGAUCUCAUUGAUCCUAACGACUUGGAGCAUAUUGAUGGUUGGCCCCUUUACGGACUGAGACCUAAACGGCCCGAGGAUCUCGACCGCUUACACCAGCAACUUAUCGACAAGGCGAAGAGAAAUCCCAAUAUUGAAGUAUACCUCCGGGACAAGGAUAUGCCCAAGCGAUAUCACUUCUCCAACAAUGAACGCAUCGCGCCACUCUGGAUUGUUCCAAAGACAGGAUGGGCCAUUGUUACCAAGGAUGAAUUUGAUGUUGAGAAGGGAAGAGAGAAUGGAGACGUAUAUCAUCCACGCGGCCUCCAUGGCUACGAUCAUGAGCACCCGCUCAUGAGAGCCAUCUUCGUCGCGAGAGGGCCUGCUUUCCCUCAUGAGGCCAACAGUCGCGUUGAACCGUUCCAAAAUAUCGAACUCUACAACAUUAUCUGUGACACAAUUGGAAUCGAGCCAAUGCCAAACAACGGAACGCUUCGCCUACCUCUAAAGCCAGUAGGUCUACAUACGGAUCCGGAAACGCCUCCCAACGUAACACCGGCAGAUCCAGUAGAAACAUCAAGCAUUUUAGCUUCCACUGUCCUUACCUCGUUUGCAAGCCUGGCAACGUCAGCCUCAGGGCUUGAUGACCCUAUGUCUUCUUUUCUGCAAAUACCCCCAGUCACAACCCCAACUACAAGCGCACCACCAGCAUCAUCAAGCACUUCAGAAUCGUGGUGGGAAUGGCUCACUCAUAAAGCCGAUAACGUGGAAGACUGGGUAGAAGAGUUCUUAAAUUCUCAUAUGCCUGGGAAAGGUGAUCCAAAGAGCACACCAUCUUAGUACUAUAAAAACGGGAUAGAAGGCUUUCUUGCAUGGUUGGAUUGGAG